CUGGUUCGGCCCUUUGAUCAUAUAUAUAAAAAUUGAUCCAUUAUUCUUCAUUUUCUACGCCCAUAUCAUAUGUUUGAUUCUAAAAAACAAUUUUAACAGAAAUUCUCAAAAAAAAAAAAAUCAAAACAUAUUCGUCCAGGAAGGAAUGUCCAGAGGCCUGGUGAAUUAUUGAAUUCUUUAAUUUGUGAAGUCCUCAUCUCAAAACCUCAAGGCCAAUUUACUCCAAUAAUUUAUAUAUCUUUCAUAGUUUCAUUAAAUCAGCUGCUCAGCCACAUAAAAUAAAUGGCAUAUGUUGGUGGAAGUUUUGGCUGGGAUGCCCAAAAAGUAUGUUUGCCCGACAGGUAUUUCAAUGUUCUACAUUCUCAAAAUUCGAAUGGAGGUCCUCUGCCGUGGGGCAAAGUACCUUGCCGCAGGGGCUGUCGGAUGGGGAAAGUCGGACGAGAAAAGUCACGCCUCGAGAUGCGGACCUCAAAAUCUCCGGUCGUUGAAGUAUUGAUCGGUCGACUCUCAAAGGCCGUGCAGGGUGUCUUGCUUGGAAGCAAGGCAGACACUCCGAAUCCCAAAAUUUCAGGGGUGACUGACCACCCUGACCCCCUGGCUCCGCCCGUGCGAACAAUGCUACUCUCUUCCCUUAUUAGAUUAGAGUGAGUAUGUUUUCUCUGCAAAUAAGAUUUAUUUAUUCCUCAAGAAUAAAAUAAUGUCACUCCUAUUUGAAUAAGUAUGUUAUUUUUACUCUUUCUUUUUCCUGUAUUCCUG